AUGUCUGAUAAUAAGAGAGCUGCUGAAAGUGAUUCUGUUCAACAAGACUCCAAAAAACCAAAGUUGGAAGAUACCCCAAAAAUUGGAUCAAAAGGUAUCGUGGAGACAGAUGUUGGUAUUACACAUUAUUUAUCACAAGAUUUAGCUGGGUUCACUGGUACUUUAAAGCAAAGAUACACUGAUUUCUUGGUCAAUGAAAUCGAUUUAGAAGAUAAUGUCGUUCAUUUCACUGAUGAAGGUUUCCCAGAUAAAAAGCAACGUCGUCGUGAAAGAAAGGAAUCUGAAAGAGAAUCUGGUGAAACACAAGGUGAAAAUUCUACUCCAAAAGAAGAAGUUAAACCAGAGGAAAAAGUUGAAGAAAAACCACAAGAAUUUCAAUUAGAUCCAGCGAAAAGAAUUCAGUUGUUAGAAAUUUUCGGUGAAGCUGAAUUAACUCAAAUUGAAGCUAUACUAAAGUCUGAUUCAACUUUCGAAUCAUCUAAAGUAUUUGAUGACAAAAAAUCUCGUGGUCAAAUUCAUCAACUUUUCAGAGAAGCUUUCCAAGGUAAAUUUGAAACCAAAACAACACCAAAGAAUACUUUCCAAUUCUCAUUAUCAAACGCAAAGACUAGAUCAUUUAAUAAACCAAAACAACAAAUUGACACAAGAGAUGAAAAUGGUGUUGAAAACUAUGGUUUAGGUCCAUUAAAAGAAUUCUUACAUUUCAAAUUAUUUAAAGAAAAUAAAGAUACAAUGGAAGCUGCUAAUUUAUUAGCAAAAUUCUUAAGAUUACCUCCAAAACAAAUAAGGUAUGCAGGUACAAAAGAUCGUCGUGGUGUUACUGUUCAAAAAGUUUGUAUCCCAAAGAUGAGAGUUGAACGUGUCAAUGCAUUGAACAGAACUCUUCGUGGGUUAAAAUUAGGCUCUUUCUCAUAUGAAGAUAAGGGAUUGAAUCUUGGUGAUUUACAUGGUAAUGAAUUUUUAAUCACUUUAAGAGAUGUUCAAGGUCUUGAUUCAACUCAAUCAAUUGAAGAUAUUGCAGCUAAAUCAUUCACUUCUUUGAAAGAAAAAGGUUUUAUUAAUUAUUAUGGUAUGCAAAGAUUUGGUACUUUUUCUGUUUCAACUCAUACAAUUGGUAAAGAAAUCUUAUUAGGUAAUUGGAAAAAUGUUGUUGAUUUAAUUUUAUCAGAUCAAGAAUUUGCCUUACCAGAAUCUAGAGCUUCAAGAAAGAUUUGGAGUGAAACAAGGGAUGCUGUCAAAGCUCAAGAUAAUAUGCCUAGAAAAUGUGUUGCAGAAUCAACAAUUUUAAGAUUUUUAUCAAAUGAAAAAAAAGGUGAAGAUGGUGAUUAUAGAGAACAUUCGUAUUUCCAUGCAAUUAUGAAAAUCCCAAGAAAUUUAAGAAUUAUGUAUGGUCAUGCUUAUCAAAGUUAUAUCUGGAAUACUAUUGCAAGUUUACGUAAUGAAAAACAUGGUUUAAAAGUUUUACCUGGUGAUUUAGUUCUUGUUGAAUCUGAAGAAGGUUCAUCAAAUGAAAAUGAAGAUCAAGAUGAUGUUGACGAUUUUGAAGAAGAUGUCAAAAGUGGUAAAUUCAAAAGAGCAAGACAUGUUACUGAAGAAGAAGCACAAUCUGGUAAAUUUUCAAUCUACGAUAUUGUUUUACCAACACCAGGUUUUGAUAUUAAUUAUCCAAAUAUUCCAGAUAUUAAAGAAGCUUAUAAAACAAUUAUGUCAAAAGAUGGGUUAGAUCCAGAAGAUAUGACUAGAAAGGUUAAAGAAUUUUCAUUUGCAGGUUCUUAUCGUAAUAUAAUUGGUAAAGUUAAAGGCCUUGAAUAUCACGUUAGACAUUAUGAAGAACCAACUCAACAAUUGAUUUAUACAGAUUUAGAAUUAUUACAUUUGAAAGCAAAAGAAGAAAAUAAAGAUAUUGAACAAAUUAUCCCUGAAAAAGGUGGUUCAAAAACUGCAAUCAUUUUGAAAUUUCAAUUAGAUGUUUCUGCAUAUGCAACUAUGGCUUUAAGAGAAGUUAUGAAAGCUGAUACAAGUCGUCGUAGCGAAAUGUGUGAUGUUAAAGUUUAA